AUGCUGUUGCCUCAUCUUAGCUUGGUUCGCGAGGCCAAGCGGGAAUUAGACGCGUCAGGUAUUGACGACACGUCUCGACGACGGCGGAAACGGGCCAGACGAGGCGAUACUGUCACUCCCGAACCACUACCACAACGAGCACCCACACCGAUUUCCAUUUCUAGCGACGAUAGCCACGAUGGCGGCGAUGGCGGCGAUGGCGGCGAGAAUGAGUCUGAUGACGACUUUGAGGACCUUUUCCCUACUGAAACCACCUCUGAACCAAAGCUGACACUGACAACAAUAAUCAAACAUACCGAAGCAUCUGAUGAUGACUCUGACUUUGAAGACGUGGACCUUGGAGGAGUUCCACAGGCUCAAGACAUGACACAAGGGGGAGUCAAUCCCUCGACUACUACAAACAAUACAUUGGUAAUUCCGAUUCAUAAACCGGAGGAGCCGGUAAAAAAAGUGGCCAGAGUCAUCCCUAAGGAGGAACGAGCGACUCGGCGAUGGUGUCACAUGGCAUUUAUCGUGGCUAUGAUCGGUCAUUGUCUUAUUCGCAACAAGUGGGCAAAUUCAGUGGAUAUCCAAGAGAAGCUUGCUAAAAGCGUAUCUCUGCAAACACGAGCGUUGCUUCAUCCGUCUACUACAGGUAAUAACCUUCUCCCCGUGGUGAAACUGCGUAAGUUCCUUGAUGGCUUAAAGCGUACCAUGCUUGUAUUCUCUAAGAAAUGGAAAGUGGUAUACCAAGGUCUUAUCUUCAAAACUUGGGGUGAACUCGGCAUGUCGCAACGAGGCGUGUAUCAUGGGAGAAUGACUCGAGCCAAAUGGCAACAAAUGAUUCUAGAGUUUCAAGGUACCAGGGAUAUGGGAGCUCAAGCUUUCUGUGCCAUGUUAAGAGGUCUUGGGGUUCGAGCCCGGCUUGUCCACUCAGUACAAGCUCCUGAUUAUACCUCGAUUGUGCCUAACGUCGAGCCGCCAAAUAAGGAAAAGACCGACGACUCAAGACCAAAGCCAAUGGGUUCAAGCAAACAGCAAUUCCUUCAACAAGUGAGAAGCUUUAAUCCCAGUGAUAAAGACUCACCAGCUAAUAAGUUUAUUGACUCGUCGUACCCGAUUUGGUGGGUGGAAGCAUGGGAUAAAUACGCUAAGAAGUGGGUGGCGAUUGAUCCUGUGGUGCUCAAACACUUGGAAGUACCUCCACAACGACGCAAAUCAAAGUUUGAGCCGCCUGGCUCUGACCAGCGGAACCAGCUUCACUACGUACUUGCUUUCGAUGCCCGUAACCGAGUGAAAGACGUCACUCGUCGCUACAGCUUACAGUUCAAUGCUAAGACGCAAAAGAAGCGCAUCGGCCAAUAUUCAGAGGAGUCCCACUGGUGGUACGCCAAUCUCAUGCGUAAGCUUAGCGGUGACAAAGUCACCCAGCUUGAUGUGCUUGAACUUAAGGAAUUUCACGAUCGCGACUUAGCUGAGGGUAUGCCUAAUAACAUGGGUGAUUUCAAAAACCAUCCACUUUACGCAUUGGAAUCGCAAUUACACUAUAACCAGGUGGUGGAGCCCAAGAUCAAAGUGGGGACGUUUCGCCCAAAGACCCUGAAAAAGGGUCAGAACAGUGCACCGUUGAUCCCCGUAUACCGACGAGCUAACGUCAAAACGUUAAAGCUGGCUAAAGCGUGGUGGAUGCUUGGUCGUCAGCUCAAAGUUGGUGUUCAGCCUUUGAAAGUGAGACCAGCGAAACUGGACGAAGAAGAAGAUGAGCGACUUUACGCCGAAGAUCAAACACAAUUAUUCAUUCCUGAGCCAAUUAAGGACGGCGUCAUUGUCAGAAACGCUUUUGGUACUGUCGAUUGCUACGUACCCCUGAUGGUACCCGAAAAUGGAUGGCUUAUCAGCCUGGAGGACUUCCCCAUCAAGCUAGCCGAACAGGCAGCUCGCAUCAUCGGCAUUGAUUAUGCGCGAGCUGUGGUGGGUUUCUCAUUUAAGGGACGCCGCAAUGUCAAAGCCACUGAGGGCGGGGUGCUUGUGGCUCUGGAGUACCGCGAAGCCAUGGAGGCAGUCAUGGACUGUUUGCUUGAAGAGGAAGUGGAGAAGAUCAGACGCGACAAGGAGCUUGCUGGCCUUAAAUUGUGGCGUUUCUUCAUUGCCAAGCUCCGUGUUGGUGAACGUCUCAAUCGUGUACACGGUGAAGUCGAAGACGACGUCGUCUCAGAAGUUGAGGAUGAAGAGGCAGAGCUGGACUUCAGUGUGGGCAGCGAGGACGAAGGUGGCAGUGGCGACGAGGUUGUACCGCAACAAGAGUCUCGUGAAGCGCGAAUGAGAAGCAGGAGACAGCGGCUGGAAUCGGUGGCUCCCUUAAAUUCGUCCGAUGAUGAAGAUGACUAUGGUGGAGGGUUCAUUCCUGAAAACGGUGGUGGAUUCAUUAUAUCAGAUACCGACAAUGGUGGUGGAGGUUUCAUCGUAUCAGAUAACGAUGAGGGCGGCUUUAUCGUGUCCGAUAAAGAGGACCCCGUCAAUAAUCACGAUGAUAGUGGUGGUGGUGGGUUUUUCGUUGCCGAAAACGACGAGAUACAAACGUACGAAGGGUCUGGUGGUGGCUUCUCCAGGGAGGCAUCGCUACAGGCUCAGACACCUCAAGAGACAAUGGCAAACACUCAGGCCGACGUUGAUUUAGACAUACCGGACGACAUGUUCGAUUACAACGAGGACGGAGAACUCGUGUAUAACCCCGAUGGUGCGGUUAACUCCCCCGAUACCCCUAGCCCCCAAUCAUCGCCAUCGGCACCAAACUCGCCGGCGCAGGCUCCGGUGAUGUCUCAAGGCGAGCUUCACCAGCUUGAACAGGAAGAGCAGGAGUACGACUUUGACUACGACAGCGAGUGA